AUGGCGCGACGAGAGAAGCGCCUCAAGAAGGAGCUCAACGCGCGCGCGAAGAAGUUCGCCAAGGGCGAGCCCGUGGCGAAGACGUCCAAGAUCGCGGACCGCAAGACCAAGGCGCACGUGCGCUACGCCGAGAAGCUCGCGGACGACGCGGCGACGAGCGCGGCGCUCUUCGAGAAGUGGCUCCUCCCGCACACCCCCGGAGCGAUCGUCGCCGAGGGCGACGAGCGCACGUUCCGGUUCAAGCAGGCGGACAUCGCGGCCGCGGUGGACGUCAACGCGCAGAGGAAGGCGUUCGACCUGGAGCUCCCGACGUUGGGGCCGUACGCGGUGGACUUCACACCCAACGGGCGAGACCUCGUGCUGGGCGGAAGAAGAGGGCACCUCGCGAUGGUGCGUUGGGGGAGCUACCGCCUCGUCGCGGAGGAGCACGUGAAAGAGGUGGUGAAGGACGUCAAGUUUCUUCACAACGGGCAGUACUUCGCGGCGGCGCAGCGGAAGUACGCGUACAUCUACGACAAGCGAGGGAUCGAGAUUCACUGCCUCAAAGACCACGUCACGCCGAACGCGUUGGAGUUUUUGCCGCAUCACUUUCUCCUGUGCUCCAUCGGCGAGCAAGGCGUGCUGCGGUAUCAAGACGUCACGCACGGCGCGCUCGUGGCGCAGCAUCGCACGAAACUCGGCGCGUGCGAGGUCAUGCGGCACAACCCUCAGAACGCGAUCGUGCACUGCGGGCACGGCAACGGGACGGUGACGCUGUGGUCGCCCAACGCGGGACACGCGCAAGUGAAGAUGCUGUGCCACCGCGGGCCGAUCAGGCGCGUAUUCUUUUCUUCACGCCGAUCGCUCGCGAUCGACCCCGCGGAGGGGCGGUACAUGGCCACGAGCGGCGCGGACGCGCAGGUGAAGAUAUGGGACCUUCGCACGUACAAAGAGGUCCACGCGUACUACACGCCGACGCCGGCGACGUACGUGGACAUAUCCCAGCGAGGGAUGCUCGCGCUGGCGUACGGAGGGAGAGUGCAGGUGUGGGACGCCGCGCUGUCGGGCCCGAAGCAACAGUCGCCGUACUUGAACCACCAGCUCCUGAACGGGCGCAAGGUGCGCAACUUUCGAUUCGCGCCGUACGACGACGCGCUCGGGGUCGGGCACAGCGGCGGGUUCACGAACCUGCUCGUUCCGGGCGCGGGCGAGCCCAACUACGACUCCAUGGUGGCGAACCCGUUCGAGACGCGAAACCAGCGAAGAGAGCAAGAAGUGUCGCAGGUCAUGGACAAGCUUCCGCCGGAGACGAUACAGCUCGACGCGGACGCUGUCGGGAAGCUGCGCGCGGUUCCGAAGGAGGUCCAGGCGGAGCGGAGGAAGGCCGCGAUCGAGGCGCAGCUCGCGGCGCGGCGCGAGCAGAGGGACGCGAACGCGGAGAAGACGCGCAUGAAGGGGAAGAACAGGGUCUCGAAGCGGUACCGGAAGAAGCAGCAAAACGUCGUGGACGAUAAAAAGUUGCGCUCGCGGAUGAAGGCGGAGGAAGCGAAGCGGAAGAGCGCGGCGGCGAAGGCGAGCGGGGCGCGGCGAGCGGGCGACGGCGCGGAGGGCGGGGGCGCGAUGCCGGGGCAGAGCGCGGGCGCGGCGAGCGACGCGCCGGAGGCGCCCAAGGACGUGAGCAAGGCGCUGAGAAGGUUCUACAAGUGA